GCGGGGCAAGUGAAGGAGGCGUGUCCUCAGGGUGAAACGUAGACGGGUUUUUUUUUUCCCUUCACGGAAGAGAGGAAAAGGUUCUGACUGAAACCGAGAAAGACCAGAACGAGUGAGGACGAAAAAGAACCUUUAAAGCAAGUCAGCGCAAAAACGAGGUUGAAGAGACCUGGGAAGAACCGGAAGGAGAGCGUGACCUGCUCGCCGAAGGACCGACGCAUCACCGGGUGCAGCACAAAUGGGAACCCGGGUCUCCGAGGCGUGAUAACCGGCUUGACUUGCGGACCUGAAAGAGGACAGUCAGGAUAUGGCCCACGUAGACAACGGAGCGACCGCCGAGGACGAGGACUGCUUUGAAGAUGCAUAUGACCGGAUACCUGCGGCGUGUCGGAUGGACCUGCAGACCGCGAUUCAAGAAACUCAGUGUGCUCUUAAUCUAGUUCUCAACAACAGGUUCUCUGAAGCCCUGGACCUCCUCAAACCAUGGUGGAGGGACAGUAUGUACCACGCUCUGGGCUACAGCAGUAUCCUGGUCAUGCAGGCGGCCAUGACCUUUGAACACAGAGACAUCCAGAUUGCCAUUGCAACCAUUAAGGAGGCAUUGCAGACGUGUCAAAGGUUUCGGAAGAGGAACUCAAUGGUUGGAUCUUUGACCAGUCUCAUCAAUAAACAUUCCAACCUGCAAGAAGAGGAGAUGCAUGCAGAGCUCUGCUACGCCGAGUGUCUGCUACAGAAAGCCACGCUCACCUUUGUGCAGGAUGAGAACAUGAUCAGUUUUAUUAAAGGAGGCAUCAAGAUUCGAACCAGCUACCAGAUCUACAAAGAUUGUCAGAAUGUACUGAAUGUUGCUCAGGAUCUGGCCAGCCAGUCGAACUCCUUCAGGCAAUUUGAGGGCGGAGUCAAACUGGGGAUUGGCUCAUUCAACCUGAUGUUGUCUCUUCUCCCUCAGAGGAUUCUGAGGUUGCUUGAGUUCAUUGGAUUCUCUGGAAACAGGGGGUUCGGUUUGUCUCAGCUCAGUGAGGGAGCUUCCCGUCACAGUUUGCGCUCCAUCCUCUGUGCUCUGACGUUGCUCUUCUACCACACUUAUGUGUCGCUGAUACUUGGAACUGGGGAGGGGGACCUGGUGGAAGCUGAAGCUCUGCUGGAACCUUACAAACAGAGAUACGCGAACGGCUCCAUUAUUCUCUUCUACUCUGCUCGCAUCGCAAUGCUGCGAGGAAACUUUGAAAAGGCGCAGCGCCGGUAUGAGGAGUGCAUCAGCAGCCAACACGAGUGGAAGCAGAUCCACCAUCUGUGUUACUGGGAACUGAUGUGGACUCAUACGUACCAGCAGGACUGGUCGCUAGCUUACCGCUACGCCAACCUCCUGUGCAAUGAGAGCCGCUGGUCCAAGGCAAUAUAUGUUUACCAGAAGGCAGCCAUCCUCAGUAUGAUGUCAGAGGACGAAGUCAAGAAGACGGGGGAGGACAUUGUCAGCCUCUUUGGGCAGGUGGAGGUGCUAAAACAGCGUUUGGCGGGGAAAUCUAUUCCGACAGAGAAAUUUGCAGUGAGGAAGUCGAGACGCUACAAAGCUGCGACCCCGGUCCCCCUGGUCAUCCCUGCACUGGAAAUGAUGUACGUUUGGAACGGUUUCACCAUUGUAGGAAAACGCGCAGACUUUACAGAGUCAUUGCUGGUUACAUUAGAAAAGGCAGAGGAGCAACUGCGCAACGACCCCAACCCGUCUGAGUUCCAUCCAGACGACAGCUGUCUGGUCCAGAUGUUGAAGGGCCUCUGUCUGAAACACCUGGGACGGUUACUACAGGCGGAGCUGUGCUUCACACAGGUGUUGUCCAGCGAGAGUCGUAUCAAAUAUGAUCACUACCUGAUCCCCUUUACCCUCUAUGAGCUGGGUCUGCUGUAUAAACAACAGGGAGACAUCACCAAGGCAACCGCGUUCAUCGAAAAUGCAAAGACAAACUACAAAGACUACUCCAUGGAGUCCAGGCUGCACUUCAGGAUCCACGCUGCACUGACCAGCCUCAGGGGAUCCCCCGUGAGCACACCGUAACGCCAGCGUCACUCACGCCCUUUAACAAACAAAA